CAGACGGGUCAGAUGAUCGCAAGCUGGACUGGCGCGAAGACCGGGAGUGAGCUUUGGAAUCGGAGUGGCUAGUGGAGUGUCUACUUGUGUAGCGAACGAGCAGAGUUGCCAGUGCCCGAGUGCGGAUCUGCGAGUCGCGAGUGUAGGACCAGUGCGUGAUACGCUGGACAGAGACAGGCUGUGCAACAUGUUCAUCUCCGGCGUGCUGUGGUGUGCGGUGGUGGUGCUGGCGGUCGCGGCCCUGGCCGUGGAGCACAGACGUCGCCGUGGUCGGCACCCCGCUGACGGCAAGGAUACGCAGAGGCCGCCGGGCCCCAAGGCCUGGCCCGUCAUCGGCAACCUGCACCUUCUCGGCGAGCACUCCAACCCUUUCCUGGCCUUCACCGCCCUGUCCAAGAAGUACGGCGACAUCUUCAGCAUGGUGCUGGGCUCGUCGCCCUGCGUCGUCGUCAACAACUACGACCUCAUUAAGGAGGUGCUCAUCACCAAGGGCUCCCACUUCGGCGGCCGCCCGGACUUCCUCCGCUACCACAAGCUGUUCGGCGGCGACCGGAAUAACUCUCUGGCGCUGUGCGAUUGGUCCGAGCUGCAGAAGACCCGCCGCCAGGUGGCCAGGCUCUACUGCUCGCCCCGACUCUCCUCCCUGCACUACGACACCCUGACCCGCGUGGCCGCCACGGAGGUGGACCACUUCCUGGACCGCGUCGCCUCCAUGACGGCCACCUCGAUGAAGACGACCCGCGCCGGCCAGCCCGCCACGGUGCACAUCAAGCCCCUGAUCCAGGCCGCCUGUGCCAACAUCUUCUCCGGCUACAUGUGCAGCACGCGUUUCAGCUACGACGACACCGCCUUCGUGCACAUCGUGCGCCUGUUUGACGAGAUCUUCUGGGAAAUCAACCAGGGAUACGCCGUGGACUUCCUGCCCUGGCUCGCGCCCUGCUACCGCCGCCACAUGGGCAAGCUGUCCUCCUGGGCCAUGGAGAUCCGCUCCUUCAUCCUGACGCGCAUCAUGGACGAGCACCGGCGCCGCCUGGUGGAGGGCGAGGACGGCGAGCUGGACAUGGACAUGGCGCGCGACUUCACCGACGCCCUGCUCAUCCAGCUGCAGGAGGACCCGCACCUCGAGUGGCAGCACAUCAUCUUCGAGCUGGAGGACUUCCUGGGCGGCCACUCCGCCGUCGGCAACCUCACCAUGCUCAGCCUGGCCGCGGUGGCCGCCAACCCCGAGGUGGCGUCGCGUAUCCAGGCCGAGGUGGACUCCGUCACGGGGGGCACCCGCACCGUCACCCUGGCCGACCGCACCGACAUGCCCUACACCGAGGCCGCGAUCCUGGAGGCGCUGCGCGUCGCUUCCUCGCCCAUCGUGCCGCACGUCGCCACGCAGGACACCACCAUUGCCGGCUACCAAGUGGACAAAGGCACGGUCGUGUUCAUCAACAACCACGAGCUCAACACGGGCGAGGCGUACUGGGAACAGGCGUCCAAGUUCCGGCCCGAGCGCUUCCUGCAGACGGGCAAGGACGGCGUGGUGCAGGUGGUCAAGCCGGCGCACUUCAUCCCCUUCAGCACGGGCAAGCGGACGUGCAUCGGGCAGCGGCUGGUGCAGAGCGGCUCCUUCGUGCUUCUCGCCUCGCUGCUGCAGCACUACAACGUCUCCGUGGACCCCAAGCACCCCGUCGUCACGUACACGGCGUCCGUGGCGCUGCCGCCCGACACGUUCCCGCUCGCGUUCGCGCCCAGGGAGUCGGUGCCCGCCCCCGCCUAGGCCGGGCCAGGCCUUUCUCUUUCUCCGCGCCGGGCUGCCUGCUCGGGCUGCUCGGGCCGCGGGCAGAUGGGCAGCCGCGUUGGAGCUGAGUGCAGCACAGUGCAGCGUUGCUGAAGCGGCAGUCCU